AUGGACGACGCCGAGCGACGCAGCACGAAGCGGUCCCGUUUCGAUCAAACCGAACCGGAAACUAAGCGUGCCUCUCGGUUUGACCGUCGAUCGCGUUCCCCGCCCGCACGCAAGCCUGACUCUGGCCGUGAUCGCGAGCGCAGCCCUAUUUCCCGGUCUCGUGAUAGCGAGCCCGCUAGUUCCAAGUCCCCCAUCGACCCCGCGGCAGCGGCUGCUGCUGCUGCUGCCAGGAUCAAUGCGCAACUUCAAGCCCGCAAGGGUAUCCAGCAUGUCGACGUGCCGCCCGUUCGAGCAAGCUCUGUCUCCAGCAACACGGGAUCCCACUCGGGCGCAAACAUCAACGGUGAGAUGUACAUCGCGGAUGGCGACUACAUCAAGGACAUCGAGGUCAAUGACCUGCGCAACCGCUAUCUCCUAACCAAGGGCGCAACGCAGAAAAUGAUUAAAGAAGAGACUGGUGCUGAUGUCACAACUCGCGGAAGCUACUACCCGGACAAGAACAUGGCUACGCCAGCGAACCCGCCUCUCUAUCUCCACGUUACGAGCACGACGAAAGAAGGGCUGGAAAAAGCCGUCGCUAAGAUUGAGGAGCUGAUGAAGCAGGAACUCCCGCAGUUAGUUGAUGAGCGACGCUUCCGCCGUCGAGAUCAGGAGCAGCAGCAAGUAGAGCGGGACGAGUUUGGCCGGCGCAAAUGGCCCGAGGAGAAGAUUCCAAUCGGCCUUGAGUCAGUCCCUGGCUUCAACCUUCGUGCCCAGGUUGUGGGACAUGGCGGCGCCUAUGUCAAGCACAUUCAGCAGGAGACUGGUUGCCGUGUGCAAAUCAAAGGCCGCGGCUCCGGUUACAUGGAAGCAUCUACGGGCCGCGAGAGUGACGAGGACAUGUUUUUGCAUGUUGCAGGCCCGGAUCCGAAAAUGGUUGAGAAAGCCAAAGAGCUUUGCGAGGACCUCCUUGCCAAUGUUAGAGAACAGUAUGAGGAGUUCAAGAGUCGCCCGCCCCGCAGCUAUGGUGGUGGAGGCUUUGGUGGCCGCGGUGGUGGCGACUCCUACCAUGGAUACAACAGGGAUAGCCACCAUCAAAACAGCAGCCACAGCUACAGCAAUUCUCCUGCUCCGGGAGCCAACUCAUCUGCGACACCGCCGUCGGCGACUACCACUCCUGUGUCAGCGGCAGACUACGCCGCCCAGUACGCCCAGUACUACGGCACCGAUCCUUAUGCAGCAUAUGGCGGCUACCAAGCAUAUGUCCAGAUGUAUCAGCAGUGGGUGGCUUCCCAAGGUGGCCAAGCAACCGCUGCCGGCGCACCCGGUGCUUCGGCAUCUCCUCCGCCCCCUCCUCCGAGUGAGGCUGCACCACCUCCGCCACCCUCUGCUGCCCCCCCGCCGCCUCCCCCCAGCGGGCCUCCGGGAGCGGGCGGAUACACGAGCCGGGCCUCUAAUGUGGGGUUUCAUGCACCGCUGUCCUCCGACUGUCGCUUCUUGGCCCCGCCAUCGGCAUCGCCAUGGUCGCCCACAAUGAGCCACCAAAGAUACCCAUCCCAUGAUGUGGUCAAGGAGCCACACUCGGUAUCCCUCAAGGUCCUCCGCCUGUCGCGACCAUCGCUCGUUGUCCAGUACCCAGUCCAACCGCCCUUCUCCUCUCCCGGCACUCACCCACCUCCCAUCCCAGCCUCCCUCGCCUACAGACCAAACAGCAAGGCUACCUCAACAAACCCCGAACCUUUUAUCCUAAGCCCCAUCCUCAACCUCCCGCCCUCCUUCGGAUCAGCCUACGUAGGCGAGACUUUCAGCUGCACCCUUUGCGCAAACCAUGACAUCCCGCCGACCGCCGACGGCGCCUCGGCGCCCAUACCCAAGACCAUCCGCGACGUGCGGAUUGAGGCCGAGAUGAAGACGCCGAGCUCCGCAACGCCCAUCAAGCUCGACCUCCUCCCCGCGGCCGCGGCGCAUCAGGAGGCCGGUGCCGAAAACAGCAACAACAACACGACCGGCGGCGGCGGCACGGAUCUAAUCCCGGCCGGCGACGCGAGUUCCACCCUCCAAAAAAUCCUCACCUUCGACCUCAAGGAGGAAGGCAACCACGUGCUGGCCGUGACCGUGUCGUACUACGAGGCGUCGGCGCUGUCGGGCCGCACCCGCACCUUCCGCAAGCUGUACCAGUUCAUCUGCAAGCCGUCGCUCAUUGUGCGCACAAAACCCGGGACGCUGGCGGCCCGGCAUCCCGGGGGCGGCCAGAGGCGGUGGGUGCUGGAGGCCCAGCUCGAGAAUUGCAGCGAGGAGUGGAUGCUUUUGGAGCGAGUUGGUUUGGAACUCGAGGCUGGUCUCAAUUGUCAGGAUUGUAAUGGCACCUUGAAUAGUGAUGAUGGUGGUGGGGGUGGUGGGGGUGACGGUAUGAGGGGUGCCGGAGCGACCAAGCCGGUGCUGCUUCCCGGCGAAACGGAACAGGUCUGUUUUGUCGUGGAGGAGGAGGAGAAUGGGAAGGCGGUGGAGCAGCUCGAUGGGAGGGUUGUCUUUGGGGUGCUGCAGAUUGGUUGGCGAAGUGAGAUGGGGAAUAGGGGGUUUCUGUCCACAGGGAAGCUGGGCACCCGGUUCGGCAAAGAGACGCCGAGGAUCGGGACAUAG